CCUGUCUGUAUAUUCUGUGAGCAGUGCAAAUGCAUUGCCUGUCUGUGCAGCCCCAGCUGUAUAUAAUAAGGAGAUCCUCUGGCUGGCAGGAUUCAGCUGUAGGUGAUAGGAAGUGGGUGAUUGGACCGUCCUAUUUCAUCAAGUUUACCAUAAAGGAAACCGAGUGCCGGAAAACCAAGAGGAAUAUGAAUCAGAUUGACUGCAAGUUCCUGGAGGAUGAAGAUGCACGCGUUGGCUUCUGUGAGGGCAGCAUAAUGACCAACUCCCGUACGGGCGAGGAACACAAGCAGGUUACCUGUGAAGUCUAUGAACCCAAGGUGGACAGGUCUCCUGCUGCCAGUUUUCGCGGAUCUUUUACGUACGUUGGUAAAGCAAAGGUGCGGUUUCAUGACGAGGGCCAAGAAGAGUCUGGAGCAGCUGGAAAAGCCUAUGAUGAGCCUCAUCCUUCCCAAAAUGGGAUAAAACCUGACCAUCCUCCAAAAGAUUCUUCUCACAAGGACCAUAGUGGCUCCUCUGAAGAGCACGGGGAGAAGAAACCCAGUGUCAGGAAGCCAAAAGGUUUAAUCCAGAACUUCCGCCUGAAUGAUUCUGAUGUUCUGCCAGCUCCCGCCAUCACCAUCAGCAUCCCCCCAUUGCCCACUCGUCCUGAGGUCAGAUCUGAGUUCAUUGAAUUCCCAGAAACAGAUUCCCACCUGCCCACCUGUCCUUGGACCAAGGAGGACAAACCUGAGAUUUUACAGUAUUUACCUCGUAAACAUAAUCAGGUCUCAGCCGAUGUUUAGGGCGCAGAGAAUAAAGUCUUGGUUGUUUAUACA